AAACUUUUGUAGGAAACCAGUGCUGCGAUAUUCCUUUCAAAUGUAGUGGUUUUAAUUGAUGUAAUCAAAGUGUAAUUUCUCUUUUUUUCAUAUAAUGUGGAAUACGAAACGGCAUUGCUCCCUGCGGAUCAUACCACUGCUGAUGAUAAUGUUGUUUGACUUCAACCCCUUGACGUAUGCUACAAAGGCGCACAUCCCGAAUAUGGAAUAUUUAGAUCACGAUGGUCAGUCUGAAUUGCAUCGCGUGGUUAAAAAAAAAGUACAACUGAAUCUACCCAAACACUUCACGUCUAUAAAAGCUCAAACUAGAUCUAACGCGACCUUGAAUUGUCCUUAUGAAGAUGACAUCAGAAAUAAAAACGUAACGUUUUCUUGGUCAAAAAAACAAUCACCAAACGGUUAUAUGCUUUUAACAACGUCGGAACAAAUUUUCACAAAUGAAACAUCGACUAUCUUAUGGGUUGGGGAUGAUAAACGCUAUUUAGCAAAGUUGAGCGAUAGGGGCUGGUAUCUACAUAUAAGGUAUACGUUAUAUUCAGACGCCGGCUUCUAUCAGUGCAAAGUUUGCAUUACAGAUAAAUGCAACGAAACGCUUGUUCUAUUAAAGUUAAUAGAAGCUCGAGCAAAAAUCAUCGGCGGUCCAUUCAAAGGUAUACCUUACAACAAAGAAGUACCUCUGCGAUUGAGCUGCGUUUUGGAGAAUUCUAUCGAGAAACCGGACUACAUAUUUUGGUAUCACGGUGACAGAAUGAUAAACUACGACCUUGAGGACGGAGCUACCGUCAGAGAGGGACCUAUGGGAAGCGAGUUGAUCUUCCCGAAAGCUAACAAAACUCACGUAGGGAAUUAUUCGUGCGUGCCUUCCAACGCGAAACCAGAUAGUGUCACGGUGUAUUACGGAGAUCGACCAAAUGUUCCGCAAGGAGAUGGAAACGGUGUUGAAAAAACGCAUCCCAUCCGAGAUCAUAUCGUCAAUAUGCUGGUGUUGAUCCCGACCUUUUACCUCACAAGAUGAUUUUACAGCCGGCAGACGUGCUUAUAAUGCAAAUUUGAAAUAUUUAGCUUACGCAAAUAUCCCAGGAAUAUUUUGAAACUUUCACUCGCCAUCAGCUCAAUCUCUCUCAAUAAUAUAGUGUUUUAUCAUUAAAAAAAAUUUGUAAAUAAAUCUGGUACUACUAAA